AUAGUCAAACAUAUGUUUGAGACAACCAAACUCCAGUGUCGCUGUCCGCUGUGUAGGGUUUUCACUUUCCACACUUAAAACCCUUUCAGUUGUUCUCCCUCCCUCCCUCACUGCAUCAUCAUCAUCAGAUUUCCGAUCUUUCACAUACAGCUUACAGCUGAGCAAAUGCAAGUGAGUAAAGUAGGCUGUGUUGGGAGAACAUGUGUUGUAGCAAAGCUCAACGACUCUUCCGGAGGAAAAAAGUCAAAACGGCGUUCGAAAGAGGAGAGGAAAGAAAUGGUUGAGACUUUUGUAAAGAGACAUCAGGCAUCGAACAAUGGAAAUUUUCCAUCACUGUAUCUCACACACAAGGAAGUUGGCGGGUCGUAUUACACAGUGCGUGAAAUUUUCCGAGAGCUUAUUCAGGAAAAUCGAGUGCUGGCCCCUCCUAAGUUGCCACCUGGAGAUCAGAACAUGGAGAACCUAGAUAGUUUCUUGGAAAACAAUCCACUGGGUUCAAUUUCAUUUGAUCCUAAUGUACAUGGGUUACCACCGAAAGACGCUAAAACACUAGUUAAUGAGUAUGAAUCUAGACGUUUAAAGGUUUUAAAUUCAAAAUGGGUUUCUGAAAUGCAUAGACAGAAUCUCGAUAAUGAUGAUUUAAUUAACGGGAGUAGUCACGCAACAAUGAAAAAUGAAGAAUUUGCAGAACCUAAGCAUAUGUCGAACGCGUGUGAAGAACACGAAGAUGAAACAAAAGAAGUAGAACCGUGUGAAGGUCAAAUACGUCAUCUGUCAGAAGAUGUGGUCGUAGAGACUUUUCCGUUACGGCCUGUUUCUAGCGUCGUGUAUAACGUUGACGAGAAAACAAAUGAGAAAGAAGUAUUAGACGGUGGUUUGGAAUUGGAAACCGAUAAUGAUUCAAAUGUGGUUGUGGAUACGAAUUUGGGGGAAGAGUUAUCAACUCCACUGCAGGAGUCUACUGAUGAAAAUAUUGCGUCGAGUUCUAAGUAUCUUGACAACAACGAAUCCAGCAGUUCUCUUCAGCAUUCAACUUUUAAAGAAACAACCGCAGACAAGAACAAAUCAGAAAUGCAGCCCAAAAGUGAUGCUGUUCAAAAGCAAACAGCUGAUGCAACAUUUAUCGGAGUCAACAUUGAUUCGUGUGAAACGGAAGCAUCAAAUAAAUCUGUCAGCCAAGAAACUAAUCCUAUCUUGUCAUUUGUGAAGACGGUUGUUGCUGCAUUUGUGAAGUUCUGGUCUGAGUAAAGUUCAGGGAAUUAAUUUGGAUCUGGCAAGUGAUGCAUGAUUAGCUGCGUACUAAAUAAGGAUGUCAUCCGGAGUCGUAGGUUUGGGAAGUGUAACUCUUUCCUGGACGAGUUGCAUGUCUCAAAUCCUUGUGUUGUUGGUAGCCUUUUGAGUCUUAUGAAUUCAUUUUAAACAAGUCAUGUUUUGUAACGCAUUUUGUGGUUGAUGUUUUAAGACAAUUUGUUAUGCAUUUUCUAAACUACUUUAAAUGGAUGAACAUCUUACGUUUUUAUCA